AUGGUGUGUGGCCUGUGGGAUAAAAUAGGAGACCAUACAGCACUAAAAAAUUUAAUGGAAAUAGCCAUAGAUGAGGCAAAAAAAGCGCUGGAGCUUGAAGAAGUUCCAAUAGGCUGUGCAGUAUUUCAUAAAGGCAGAUGUAUAGAUACAGCCCACAAUUUGACAAAUAAAAACAGAGAUCCCCUGGCGCAUGCAGAAAUGCUCUGUCUCGAAAGGCUUCCCAAAGAGAUGCUUUCGGAAAUAGAGCUGUAUGUAACAUGUGAGCCGUGCAUAAUGUGCUUGGCUCUGAUAAUUAAGCUGGGCAUUAGAACGGUUGUGUAUGCGUGUAUAAAUCCACGGUUUGGAGGACUUUCUCCGUUUGUAGCAGAAGGCAUUUUAUCACUUGUAGAAAAGAAGAAUGAGCCAGAAAGCAAUGAUACAGAUUAUACCGUGAAAAAUGAUCAGAAAACUUUAGAUAAGUAUUUAACUAAUAAGAUAGAUAUUAACGAUAAAGUGGCAGAAGAUCAAUUGUGCUGUUGUAGUGCACAAGAUGCUAAUUUAGCGAUUAAAACAGAACACAAAUGUUCUAGUGUAAAAGUUUACUCAUACACAGGGGCAGCUGAUAAGAGUGCAAGCUAUAUAAAGAUGGUGUAUCAGCCGGCGCAGACAUCUCUCGAUUUGCUAAAGUCUUUCUACAUGCUGGAAAAUGGCCGGGCGCCAGUUGAAAAGCGAAAAGUUAAAAACUCACAGCACGCAAAAAAUUUUAAAAAUGACACAGGACGAGAAUAA